AGAAGGAAUGCUUACCACACCAGCACUUGAGUUUCGGACGGUGAAUCGCACGAUCGUUAAGUCUCCCGAUCUCAUUGGAUACCAUUAGUGAUAUCUUUUGUUUAUCAAAUUCACUAAACGCCUCAAGAUAUUCGACAGUCAUGUUGAAAUACACUGUACUCUUCACCACCGUAUUCUGCAUGGUGCAAUCACAACGGCCAUGGCACGCUGGUAGUGCCAAUCGUCUGCCUCAGGUUCUGCCUCAAUAUAUCGAUGCACGAAUAGCAGCGGAGCAAGCGGCUCAAGCAGCGAGUCAAGGAGCUCAAGGAAUCCCAGUGGACCAAGGAGCUCAAGGAAUCCCAGUGAACCAAGGGACUCAAGGAAUUCCAGUAGGUCAAGGGGCUCAAGGAAUCCCAGUGAACCAAGGGCCUGAAGAAAAUCCAAUAGGCUCAAGAAUUGAUGAUGUUCCAGUAAAUCAAGGAACUCAAGGAUUUCCGACAUAUCAAGGAUCUCAAGGGAUCCCAACGUAUCAAGGAGCUCAAGGAUUUCCGACCUAUCAAGGAUCUCAAGGGGCCCCAACGUAUCAAGAAACUCAAGGAAAUCCAACCUAUCAAGGAACUCAAGGAAUUCAAAAGGGUCAAGGAAGUAGUACGACAGUUGGUACGACUGAUGGUACGCUGCUCGGAAAUCGAAUUGACAGCGGGGACGGCGGGUUUGCAGCUACAGUUGCACCAACUUUGAGCACGACUAUAAAUCUGGCCGAUUUACCAGUCGAUGCUCAUGGCGAUAUCGACCUGGUGAACAGAAUCAAGACCUGGCCGAGAGAUAAGCAACCCUUCUGGUAUAUCAACUGGCAGGCGAUCCAAGCUCAUCGUGGCGACGUGAACAACAGUGCUCAGCCAGCUCAGACGCAACCCAAUGCGAGACCGUUCUUUGCGGGUUAAGACAUGGAACGAAUUCUAAAUCAGACACAUACGACAAGACUGUAAAUUUAAGUAUAUGCUUUCAUCGGUAGAAUAAGGACACGAUGGCCGCUGACGACAGUGGUUAUUCCUAGUCAAAGCUGUCUCUUUGGAAAAAUAUUCUAUUUCGCGUUUUAAGGAGUUCAUCAAUCAAGAUUAUCAUAUCAAUUCGUUUCGUUAAGCAUAGAAGAUCCGAAUGCGAUCGAAACAUAUAUGUCAUGUGAUAGCGUGAAUUCGCAUGACUUGCCUUUUUAAUAGAAUUAGUGACCGAAUUUUUAUAC